AAAAUAUUUUGUAAAUGUCAAAAAUAUCAAUGUAGGUACUUGAUACUCGCUACUUUUAAAAUUUAUCAAACAAAACAAAGAGAAAUAAUUAUACGACAUAAUUAGACGACGAAAAUAAAAUCGAUAAAAUUUACGUCACACAAAACUUAUAAAAUAAACAAUAAUUUUUUUCUAUUUGUGUCGUAAAAAUAAUAGUUUUUAAAAUUAUGUUAUUAGAACUUGUAUUUGGAGCUGCUGUUUUCGGGAGUAGCUGGCUUAAGUGGGAUUCAAUUAAAUCAAAUACAAUAUGUCGUUUCACAGAAUGUUGCGAUGUAAAUCAUGUUCCAUUCGAUAUCGAUAAACUUAGACAAUCAUUUUCACAGAAAAUGUUUGGGCAACCUUUGGUAAAUGAAAUUUCCAAUAUACUUGAGGCUCAUAAGAAUUUAUAUAAUAAUAGUAAAGGAAGUAAAAAAGCCUUAGUUUUAAGCUUACAUGGUUGGUCGGGUGUGGGAAAGAAUUAUGCUGCAACAAUGAUAGCUGAAGCUCUGUUUCAAAAAGGAAUGCAAAGUAAAUAUGUAAAACUUUUUAUGGGAAAAAAAGAUUUUGAUUGUUCUGAUGUACAUAAAACUCAGAUUGAUUUAAUAAAUAAGGUUAAUGAGUUAGUAAGAAAUUGUCCUGUAUCAUUGAUCAUAUUUGAUGAGAUUCAUGAAAUGUGUCCAUCUAUUUUGGAUUCUAUAAAACCAAUGCUAGAUCAUCACCAUGCAGUGGAUGGGGUUGAUUACAGGAACACCAUUUUCAUUUUUAUAUCAAAUAUUGGAGGAAAAGAAAUAGCAUCUAACUUAUUAGACUUAUACAGCCAAGGUUUAAAACGAAAUGAGGUUGACUUUCACAACUUUGAGCCCAUAAUAAGAAGAGCAGCAUACAACACAGGUGGAUUUGAAAAAUCCUCAACCAUUGCACAGCAUUUGAUAGAUCAUUACAUACCUUUUUUACCCUUGGAACAACAUCACGUAGAAAUGUGUGCAUUAGCAGAGUUUCGGGCUCAUAAUAUUUAUCAUCCCACUGAAGAAAUGAUGGCAGAUGCGCUAUCUGUAAUUACAUAUGGACCUACGGAAGAACAGCCCAUUUUUGCCAAUAAUGGUUGUAAAAGGUUUACGAAGCAAAUUCCUUAUGUAAUACUUAAACAUAAGAGUAAAACUGAACUGUAAUCAUUUUAAAUGUAUUGUGAAUAUUAUAUAUGUGAUAAUUUAUGAAGUUGAAUGUCAAACUUUAUUUUUUAGGAACCUUAGAUGUACCUGUUAUUUAUCAUGUCAAUAAUUCCUUUGAAGGAAUUAAAAAUUUUUUAUGGCUGUUGUGUAAACAACAACUUUUUUUAGAUAUUUUAAUAUUCUUUGUACUAUUCAAGUUCUCUAUGUAUUAUAAGACUUAUUAUAUUAGUAUAAAACUAAUCACAUUUUUCAAAAAUGAGUGCUAUUUGGAAUAAAAACC